AUGCCGGAGGCCGCAGUGGACUUUGACGCCCUGCUCGAUCUCGAGAACCAGUUCUACUCCGCCAGCUACAACGACGCCCUCCGAGAAGGCGAGGCCCACACCGCACGUGACGGGAAGCAGUUUGGAAUCCAGACGGGUUUCCAGCGCUUCGUCUUAAUCGGCGCCCUCAAGAGAGCCAACGAGCUUCUUUUAGAAGUUGCCAGACACACCUUGGCCACGGAGGAGGAAACGCCAAACCGGGCGAAGUACGAAAAGCACCAGAAGUCCUUGUCGGCGAUCCAGAAAAGUAUCGAGCAGUUCUACGCCACACCGGCCGGGCCGAGCAAUCUGAUACAGGCUUCCAACACCCCAGAAGACGUCGAGCUCUUCGAGAAAAACAUCAAGCUCAUCAGAUCGAAGAUAAAGGCAGUGUACGCACAGAUGGGCCACAAGUCGCUCUAUCCAGAUUUGGAGAACAGCUGUAGAAUCACAGCAGGCGAUAUCCCGGCAACGCAGGUCAACGGGGACGAAAAGGAUAUGUGGUAA